UCAAGACUCACAUCAGGCAACGAGAGGCAUUUCCGGAAACACAACCACACGACGCCUGUCGCGCGGCGUCUUAUACGCGUUGCGUUAGCUAAUACUUAGGUCACCGACUGCUAAUCCACGCGCCGUUCUUCACAACGACCGGAGACACCAUGAGCGGUACGGAGCCAACCUCCUCAUGGGGCUGGGAGGUGGGAAUCACCGGGGCCGCGGUGUCUGACGCAACCGCUCGAGAUGACGAUUCCGCAGGAGGGUUACCAGAGGGCCAACAGCAUUGGGAGGUCCCGUUUCUAACGACCGUUAGCGUGUUUGGAGUGUUAGGCAACCUGGUGGUUCUUGUCGUCUACAGCAGCAAGGCAUUCCGGCGAUCCAACUCGGCACUUUACAUUCUCAACCUAGCUGCAGGUGACCUAUUCCUUCUUCUCCUCGUGGUCCCCUUGCACGUCACCGAGUACUACCCCGCCACUUGGCCCCUCCUCUGGCGCCACGACGCCCAGUGCGUCCUGCACCGCUACGCUCGCUUCGUGGGUUUCAACCUGACCACCUUCACCGCGUUGGCCAUCUCCGUGGACCGCUACCUGGCCGUCUGUCACCCGUUGGUGUACCGGGCCCGCUGCACCAGGGCCCGGACCCGGCUCUGUAUCCUGCUGGUGUGGGGGCUGGCGGCUGCCACGGCCGCGCCCUGCGCCAUCAAUUUCGGAGUCAAGUAUGAAGUCGGCGAGUACACCGUCAACUUCGUGGGCAAGACCCCCUUCGCAUGUCGCACGAUCUUCAUAGGCUCCUUCUACCAGAAUUUCAAGGUCAUCUACGUCUCCGUGGUUCUCUUCUGGGUGCCCGUCCUGGCCACGGCGAUAACCUACACGGCCGUAGUGGGCUACGUCUGGCGCAACAACAAGAAGUUCCGCCAGUGCACCUCGGCCGGGCGACACCUGCGAAGCCACUGGAAGGCCGCCCGGACCCUCCUGUUGGUAUUCGGGGUCUACGUUGCUACCUACGUGUUCCUGGCUACUUACACCCUGGUGCGGCAGUACGCUACCGCUGACGUCUCUCCCUUGGUCAAGAACGUGGGGCUCCUCCUCCCAUACGCCAACUGCUGCCUCAACCCCGUGGUGUACUCCUUAGUCAACGUGAGCUUCAGGAGGUCCUGCAUGCAGAUUUUCUGUCCGGGGAACAGAACGAAGGGUGGUGCCGGCGGGUCCUCCAGCAACAACGCCGGGAAGGGAGAGUCUGUCUCGGGUCAGCAGGCCUCGGCCAGCGUGGGACAGGGCGGUAUAGAGCGUGACUCGCAGGCGGGAGUCGCUGAUGACGAGGAGCCAGUAGGGAGUUCCGAUGUGAACGAUGUUGGGCAAGACCAUGCUUAUGGUUUCGACAACCAAGCAUAUGAUGAGGGAAAAGUCGAUCACUAUCAUGGAUUUGACAGUGUGAUGUGAGUGCCAGCCAUGGCACUGAACUCGGUAUUUUUUUUCUUCACUUGUGUGAGCAUUAUAUGUUACCGAUCAUUUCCCGGCCAAAGAAACAAGCGACCUUAUAAUUAUGAACCUCUCACUUACGAAACUAAGAUUCUAAUUCUGAGACGGUUCAUUGUGAAAACGGAAGGGAUAUAGGCAAGGCCUACUUACGCGCCAUUUCAAGCCUUUACCGAUACCAUUCCACCACGUGUGAGAGCGGGACUCUGGUUCCCCGACGAUGUAUUUUUGUUUUAUCUCCUUCGGACUACGGUACCAGUCUAUUCACAUCAGUCACCCGUAGUCUGGUAACCUGGCCGUGUCAUGAUCCACACAGAACGUUUGGUGUAUAGUCUGACGUAAUUACGUGCCCGUUUGUGUACACGUAUGCACCCAUUCACUUUCGUUGUAUACUGUUUGAAUGUCACACUGGGCACGAAGCCCCCCCCCCCCCCCC